UGCUUAAUUACUAAUUUAAAAACAGAAAUAGUACAAACAUAACGGUUUACUAACAAACACUACCUUUAAAUACAAUGCUGCUUACUAAGUUGCCAACUAUCAUUAAGGAAACAAAAAGCAGCUGGCGUUUGUUUACAUUACAAAAACACCUAAAACCACAGAAAUUUGUGAUAAAUAGUGAUUUUUUAAUUUUUCUGCUUUAAAUGUGAAUUUUUUAAUAAAUUAAAGUAAAAUGUUUAAGUUUAUUUUAUAAAGAACGUUUUUACACUCAUAUAAAUCUUAUAAUAGUAUGAACUCGUUGGAAAAAUAUCGUUUUUGUUUUCUGGCCGGCUUGUGUGCAGUCGGUGGCAGUUUCUUUGGCAAAUUACCCAGUUUACUUAAAGAUAACAGUGUUUUUGGGCAGGACCAGCCCAUUAUAGCUAAGUCCUGGCAAAUUUACGCAGAAUUUGCUGUAUAUCAAGCUGUGCCUUUAGUUUUAAUGGUUUUUAGUAAUCUAUUGAAUUGGCGUUACUUUUUGAAAGCUCUCCAACUUACGGAACAAACCUUGACAGCGACUGUUUUAACAGCAGCCAGUAAUUACAUAGUAUCAUUCAUUUUAGGUUCUUUGGUUUUUAAGGAACACUUUAGCUUUUAUUCCAUACUCGGAUCCACUUUUAUAGUCUUAGGCUUGUGGUUCUUAUGUGCUGAUACUCAAGGACACAAAGUGAAAGAAAAAGAGAAGUAAUUGAAAACAAUAAUAUUACUACAAAACUGUUUCUAAAGAACAACCUCUGGCAGUUUGCAUGACAAGAAUAAGUAUCACCAAUUGCUGUAAAUAAACCAUAAAAAAAUCCUAGACAAUUGUUAUUUUUAUUGACAAAAACUAGUAUUAUUUACAUACAUUAAUUAAAGAUUUUAAGUUAAAAAAAGAUACAUACAAAAUUUAAAUAAAACCUAAAUAAAACAUAACGGAAAACUAAAUAAAAAUUCAAAAAUAAAUGAUAUCUAACAAAACAAUAUUAUCGAUCUAAUUGCUAAAAUCUUUACCUUUUAUUUGAUAUGGAAUUUCCCGAGUAAUAAAGUUCAAAAUUUGUGUCAAACAUAAAAAUUCUU